AUGUCAUACUCGAAUCCAGUCAUACCAGGUUUCAACCCAGACCCAUCAAUAUGCCGCGUUGGCAACGACUUCUUCCUUGUUACCUCGACUUUUGAAUACUUCCCCGGUAUUCCCAUAUAUCACAGCAAAGAUUUGGUGAAUUGGAAACUCAUCGGUCAUGUCCUCACACGGCGGUCUCAGCUGGACAUGAGGACGACUGAGCCGUCUGGGGGAAUCUGGGCGCCGACAAUAAGACACUGGCAGGGCCGAUUCUACGUGUCUGUCGGCUGCACCCAGCGUUUUCGUCCCAAGGAAUGGGACAUUACCAUACCCCGCGGGUUUUAUGUGACUACGGACAACAUCUGGGAGCGUGACUCUUGGUCCGAGGCCGUCUACUUUGAUGUGCCGGGAAUCGAUCAGGACCUCUUCUUUGAUGACGAUGGGAAAGUCUACUUCUCCGCGGUCAACCAGAUCAAAGACGCCAGCAUAAAGCGGCAUGGUCUGGGACUGGCGUCUUUCACCACCGCUAUCGACUUGUCCACCGGAGACUGCAUCGGACCAAUCCGCUGGAACCGCCUUUCUGACUUUGGUCUGGGCAUCGCCGAGGGACCGCAUAUCUUCAAGAAGGACGGGUUUUACUACCUCAGCACGGCGGAGGGUGGCACGGAUGAGGGUCAUCAACAGUGGAUCUUCCGCUCCAAAGAAGGCCCCUUUGGUCCGUGGGAGGCGGGCCCCGAAGGAACGGUGAAUCCCAUGGUUUUCAACGACACCCAUCCGGAGAUCCGCAACACAGGUCACUUGGACCUUGUUGACGACUCAAACGGUAAGUGGUGGGCAGUCUUUCUCGGCGUGCGCCCUCAAAAUGGUGGAUUUGAAAGCUCGCAACUGGGACGUGAAACGUUUCUCGCCCCAGUGAAAUGGGAAGACGGGUGGCCCAUCGUCAACAACAGGGAGAAAAUCACCCUUGAGAUGAAGGCCGAUGGUGUCGCAGCCCAGCAGAAGGAGACUCACUGGCGCGACGAGUUUCCAGGGCCCGAGCUCGAUCUUGGAUGGUAUCAUCUGAGGACACCCCUCAAAAACGCGUACAAGCUCGGCUCCACAGGCUUGCAUCUUUACGGGGGCGCUUACCAGAUCACGGAGUUUGAGUGUCCUAGCAUGCUUCUGCGCAAGCAAACACAGUUCUCGAUGGAUUGGACAGUGGAGCUGGAAUUCCAUCCGGAUGCUGUCGGCGAAGAAGCAGGCACGGCCAUCUGGUGGUCCCAAUUUGCUUAUGCCUCGAUCGGUCUGCGCAAGACUCCCGAAAACCAUCACGAGAUCGUUUGCAAAAUGGUCGAUGAGAAGGGGGAGUUUACGGAAAACGUUGUGAGCAUUGGCUACGAGACCAAGGCCAAGUUCACCAUUCAAGCACGACCACUGGGCUACGAGCUUUUUUACGUAACAACCAACUCCGAGACAAAAGAGAAAGUGCUACUUGGCGAGCGCCUUGGCUCAGUUUCCAGCAGAGCAUUGACGCAUCGGAUUUCGGGGCGUGAGUCUCCCAACACAGGUGCUCACUUUGCCAUCUACGCACAAGGAGCAUCGGCUAAACCAUGCCUGGUGCCUGCUGAGUUCAAGUAUGUGGAGUGGAAGUUGGUGGAAUGA